CCCCGGCAGUCCGCCCCAAGCUCCCAGCUCCCAAAGCUAUGACCACCUAUCCUGCCCCACACCUGCCCGCCCGCUCCACCACCAAAAAAUGACAACAUGAUUACCUAACCCUUUCCCCCCCGCUCCCCUCCUCACAAGAUCACGUGCCCAACCCUCUGCCAAGUCUUGUGUUUUUUGCCGAGCGCGAGCGGGUUCGGGCGGACAGAGGAGAGGAGGAAAACGGGAAAAUCAGGUCAUCAAUCAUCAUCAACCACCGAAACCGACCGAACCGAAGCUUACCUGCCUCUGCGGGCAACAACAACAACACAACCACAACCACAACCAAACUCUCUCCAAGCGAGAGAAAAACAAACCCGAAAACGGCGUAUCUGAACGCUCGGCGAAAAAACAACAACAACAACAAUAACAAUGGCCUCUGCUGCUGUCGCUCCGGCUUUUAAGCCUAUCACUGGGAUGCUCCGCCGGGGUUUGAUCCUUGAUUUGAGCAUUGGGCUUGGUCUCGGAUUUGUGUUUGGCAAUGCCUUUUGGUACGGCUACCACAUGCCUCGGGUCAACGCUCGUGAUGCGUACUACCGCAAGCUGGAGGAGGCUCGCGCUGCUAGACAGGGCAACUAA